CGCAUUCCACCCAAAGUACUUUCGCUCUCUAAUAAUUUGCAUGUUUGUAUUUGUUUGUGUAUGUGAAUUUUCCGCUAAGGGAAAGCAAAGUCUUAUCUUUCACACUUGUCUUCUCUCUCUCUUAUGGAGAUUGAAAGAAUCUAGGGUUUGAUAGCAACUGAGAAGUCCAAAUAGAGGUCCGUUUGAGACUUUUUUUUUUCCUUACUUUUGUUCUUUUGCGUGUUGAAUUUUCUUCCCUUUUCAAAUUCAAGUUUAGCAUUUGAUUUUACAUGGGUUUUUCUUGUGUUGAUUGAUCCUUGCAUCGCCCUAUUGAAUAUCAUGAUCUUAUGUUUGCUUGAAUAUCUUUGCUAAAAUGGGGGUUUCAAGUUGGUUUUUAUUUUUAUGGACAGUUGAAGAUGUAAUGAACCAGUAAAGUACUUGAAUUUGAUGUUUUUGGGUAUUGGGAAUUCUGGGUUUUUAGCUUUUCUAGUUGACAUUUUUAGCUUUUUUGUGGGGGGUUGAUUGUGUAAAAUGGAGGAGGUUAAAAAGGCAAAUAUUGCAGCUGUGGAGAGUUGCCAUAGAGUGCUUAGUCUUUUGUCUCAAAAACUCCAGGAUCAGAAUCAGUUUAGGAAUUUAGUUGAGCAAACCGGGGAGGCUGUAAAUAAGUUCAAGAAAGUUGUUUCUCUUCUUAAUUCUAGUUGUGGUCAUGCUAGAGUGAGGAAAGUCAAGAAAAAUCAAGCCCCUUUCCCCCAAAACUUAUUUCUAGAAAAUCCAAUACUUAAAAUAGAUGAUCAAUCUAAACGUCUUAAGAUCCCUCAAAUCAAUUCCAUUGAUACGAACCCUAUUCAAGAAAACCAAGAAACAGGAUCCAAUAUCAGGAGUGUUCUCACAUCGGGAAACCCUUCUUCAGAAUCGAGCUCAUGUGGGAAAACCGCUCUUCAACUCGCUCAACAAACACCAAUACCGAGUUAUCAUUUUCUCCAUCUUCAGCAGCAAAAGUUGAAACAGCAAGUUGAAAUGAUGUAUCGGCGUUGUAAUAGUGGCAUUAGUCUGAAUUUUGAUAGCUCGACCUGCACACCAACUAGGUCCUUUAUAUCUUCAUUGAGUAUGGAUGGGAGUGUGGCUAAUUUUGAUGGAAAUGCCUUUCAUUUAAUUGGGGCAGCUCGAUCAGCAGAUCAAAGCUCAUACCCACACAAGAGAAUGUGCUUGGGAAAGGGAGAGGAUGGAAGUGUGAAAUGUGGAAGCAGUGGCAGAUGCCACUGCUCAAAGAAGAGGAAGCACAGGGUGAAAAGAACAAUAAAAGUACCUGCAAUAAGCAACAAGCUAGCAGAUAUACCCCCGGACGAGUAUUCCUGGAGAAAGUAUGGCCAGAAGCCAAUUAAAGGUUCUCCUCAUCCCAGAGGAUACUAUAAAUGCAGUAGCAUAAGAGGGUGUCCUGCAAGGAAACAUGUGGAGAGAUGCUUGGAAGAACCUUCAAUGCUAAUAGUCACUUACGAAGGUGAACACAACCAUCCGGGGUUACCAUCACAGGUUGCAAACACGUGAAUCUUUGAAGCUACCUAGACAUUUGUGAGACAAAAUCUGGUUUAGAUAGGAGAGUUAUUUAGAAUUUGGAGGUUGCUGGUUGUAAAGAAACCCAUGAUCUUAAAUGACCUUUUAGGGCUUUUUGUGAUUGUGUUUAGGUAUGGAUUUUCACCUUUUGAUUUAUUAGGUUCAUUGAUGCUUGCAGCUUGCCCGUGUCGUGAGCGCAUUCGUAGGUAGAUUACUAGCCUUAGAAAAUGUCCUGACCUCAGCUUUAUGUAAACAUCCUGGUCGGAUGAUCAACUGGAUAGAUUAGAUUUGUCUUGGUAAGAUUUUGAUAUGGUUAUAUUUUAUUAGAAGCUUCCUCUGAUUAAUGUUC